UGAUUUGGGAAAUUCUCCUGGGUUGGGGCUGCGGUUACAGAACAUUACAAACAAUAUGUUCCUGGAUGAAGCAUAAUUAUAAAGAACAAAAUGUUCCUUCGAUAAGAGAACUACAGAAAAUCUUAGUGGAUCUAGAGGAUAAGCCACAAAGUUUUGUUGGCUCAAGGCAGUGGAUAGGCAGCUUUGAGGUCUGCCUAGUAAUAGACAAAUUAUUCGACAUACCGUGCAAGAUGCUCCAUGUAAACAAGGGUGAUGAGCUGAAAAACAUAGUGGAGCAGUUGAAGACACAUUUUGACAAGUUUGGCAGCCCUGUGAUGAUGGGUGGUGACGUAGACUGUUCGUCUAAAGGAGUCAUGGGUAUCAGAGUUGACGGAAAUAAUGCAAGCUUACUUAUUGUGGAUCCUCAUUACGUAGGCAAAGAACACACUAAAGAAUUCCUUCACCAUAAGGGCUGGAUCAAGUGGCAACCGUUAAAUGAAUUCCUAACUUCAUCCUUCUACAACUUAUGUUUACCACAAAUUAAGGCAAGAAGUAAAAAUUAAUAAUAAAACAAGAUAUUACUA